AUGACUCAUGUCGAACCUCGGACGGGAAGCUCGAGGAAACCUCGAUUUGAUUGCUGGAAUCUGGCUACAACGACAUCUGGCUUGCGAAUAUUCCAGUCGAUAGGUUCUGUAUGUGCUCUGCUCCUCAUUGGCAGUGUUGGAUCACAUUUUUCACCAACAUAUGCAGCACUGGUUACGUCAACUAUGGCCGCUAUUCUUGGUACAACAUUACUUCUCAUAUUCGCAUUUAAUCUGCAUUCGGUCACUAAAAACGUGGAUUGGAUCUUCUGGGUAGGUCCUACUCGUUGGGAGUCGUUCUAG